UGAGUUUCACACUUUUCCCAGGAGCACAAUCUCCGAUAGGGAAAAGUUUUUAUUUUGAUUUUCCGGCUUCAUCUUGACCUUCCUCGGUUUUUCCAAAAUGUCCUCAUUGGAAGACGAUGCAGUUAGCUCUGCUGAGGAAGGUCACAUCGAUACUUUGAAUUCCGAAUCUUCGGGUGAAGAAAACGCAGAAAUGCAAAUGUGCAGUAAAACAGAACCAAGUAGUUUUUUGAGUGAAUCGAGUGGUGCCAAUAAAUUUUCAAUAGACAGCAUUCUUGGAUUGAAUGCUGGAAAGAGAACUGAAAUCGUUUCCAGUGAGUUCGACAGUCAGAUUUCGCAUAAAGCUGAAUUUGAUAGGCCAACUCCAGUGGAUGCACUAAGCAUUACAUUGGACCUAAAAGUUUCUCCUGAAACUGAAGAACUUGAUAAGAAGGCAAUCGGGUCUACCCAACUCCUGGAACUAGUAAAUUCCUCCAAGUUAACGCAAGAACUCAGAAAUGUUCCCAACAACCCUUAUAUGAUUUACCAUCAGAAUCCAGGAAUUGCUUCACCUCGACCUCUUUUGUUUCCCCCUUGGUUACAUAGCAACGAAGAUUUGAAGAAUCAAACUGGCAUAUUUGGAUUACAAGUAGCAAAAACACCAAACCGCAGAUCAAGAAAACCUGUGCUGGACAGAAAACCUAGACAAGCUUACAGUGCCAAACAGUUAGAGAGGUUGGAAAGCGAAUUCAAAAUUGACAAAUACCUCAGUGUUAGCAAAAGGAUGGAAUUGUCAAAAGCAUUGAGUCUUACUGAAGUACAAAUAAAAACAUGGUUCCAGAACAGGAGAACAAAAUGGAAAAAGCAGCUUACAACAAGACUGAAAAUUGCACAAAGACAAGGGCUUUUUCCUCCACAUUACUUUUCCUCUUCUCCAGGUCAACAAUAUUCGGCCAUUUUUAAUCCGUACUAUACUCAUCCUGUAUCUUGUAUGUUCGGUUUACCAGCUGUCGAAGACGUGAGCACAAUCCCUUCUUCUAGUGAGAAUUUGAGGCACGGAAAUUGAUUGACUUGUUGAUUUCGUUUACUUUGUAAAAAUUUGUAUUAUAGAAGAUUAAUUUUUAAGUUUCAAUAAACUGUUGUUUUUAA